AUGGCGUCCGACUCGACACUGAUCUUCAAACGCAAGAAAGCUAAAUCGGCUCAGAGAACGAGGGAUGCGUCGCCGGAUAAUGACUCGGCGACGACUGCGCAGGGAACUGGAGACGAAUCUCCCAGCAUUUUGGCGACGAAGUUGAAGAACAAGGUUAAGAGGGCUCAACCAAAAUCACGGUUGAGCUUUGGAGGUGCGGACGAUGAGGAGGGGGGUGAGGAGGUGUUCCAGGUCAAGAAGUCUAAUUUGAGCAAGAAAUUGGCUUUGGGAACUCAUCCGGCUACUGUUGCUUUAAACUCUUCGAUAUCUACAAGCCGAGGACCGACCUAUGAUCAAACAUAUCUCAACCAGCUGAAAGCCAGCACGCCAACAUCGCGUCCUCGUCUGGCAGAUGAUGCAUACGAUGCUGAUACGUCCAUGAACAUCGAUGUUUCCUUGAAUGACAUGGACGUGGACAUUGAUGACUCGGCUUCUUUCAAUCUCCCAUCCGAGUCAUCGAUAAAGGUAGCUAAAGAGAAGCGGGAGCGGCUUCGGAAGACACAAGCGGCUGGAGAAGAAGACUUUAUCUCGUUGUCCCUUACUCGAAGGGCUGACGAACCUCCCGGUCCACAUCCUGAAAGUCGAUUGGUGCGAGAAGAAGACGAACUCGGUGAAGGCGAAGAUGAAUUUGCGGAGUACACUAGUGCUCAGGAACGAAUAGCGUUGGGUAAGAAGUCCAAGAAAUUAGAGGCUAGCAAACGUCGUGACAACAUGAAGGAAAUGAUUGCUGAUGCGGAGGAGGAAGAUGAAGAAACUAUGGAAUGGGAACAAGAGCAGCUGCGACGCGGAGGUCACCAAACGCCGGAGCCCUCAGCACCAUCCAAAGUUAAAGAGGCCUAUAAACCUGCACCAAGUAAUUUUUGUUCCAUUCUUCACCGUCCUGGUUCUUACAAAGUUCCAGUUCCCCUCGCCACCCCAUUGCCUACGCUGAACACAGCUCUAUCCCGGUUGACUCAACAAUUCACACAACUGACGACCUCUCACGCCCAAAACACUGCUGCCCUUGAAACCCUUGCACAGGAACGAGACGAAAUAGAUACACGGGAAAAGGAAAUGAGGGAUAUGGUUGGUAGAGCUGAAGAAAAGUCGUCAUGGUUUGGAAGUUUCAAAGAGUGGGUGGAAGGCGUUGCAGGGUUUUUAGAUGAAAAGUAUCCGUUGCUCGAAAAGCUAGAAGAAGAGCAUUUGUCAUUGCUUCAGGAGCGAUCUGAUUUAGUCUGUCAGAGACGGCAGAUGGAUGAUGAGGAUGAUCUAACUAUCUUCCUCGGUCCACUGCCCACGCCUGUCGCCAAGCCUGAGUUGGAAGAAUACGACGAGCUAGGUCGAAUUAUCCCAAAGCCCAACGCGGCUUUCGCUCGACGAGAGCGUCGAACUGCACGCCUUUCCCGUCGUCAGGUGCGUCAGCAACGAAGCAGGAAAGCAGAACUUGAAGAAGGAUAUUCUACGGAUUCUUCGCUCCCUCCUCCAGACGCCUCAGCGUACUCGUCUGCUAUAGCAUCGCUAGCUUUGCGGACCAAGGAGGUUCUCGCCGAUGUCAGAGCAGAUGAGUUUCGCGAUCCCGGAAAGGGUCGUUGGAGCGUAUGGAGGGAAAAAUACAGCGAUAGUUAUAUUGGAGCAUGGGGUGGUUUGGGCGUCGUUAGCGUCUGGGAAUUUUGGGUCAGAUUAGAGCUUAUAGGUUGGGAUUGUGUUGAGGAUUCAAGAAGUCUGCAUGAUUUCAAGUGGUACAAAGGGCUUUAUGAAUAUUCCAGACCUGGAAAUGGUGAUCCGCAUGAAAGAGAGCUGGGACCUGAUGGGGACCUGGUGGUUUCUAUGAUCUCCACCGCUGUCAUUCCCAGACUCUGUAAACUUGUGGAAGGUGGAGCCUUCGAUGCAUAUUCCGAGCAACAUGUUCGCAGGAUGGUUGACUUGGCAGAGGAGGUUGAGGCAAGCGUUGAAACGGGAAACAUGAAGUUUCAGACCCUUCUAAAAUCCGUGAUCACAAAUUUUGAAACAGCGAUCAUAGGCACCGAAGAGCUACUUGUCAAGUUCAACUCGGUGCAACAAUCCAUAACCCCGUUCGAUCCUGAGUCGAUACCCGCUCGUCAACGUUUCCUAGCACGCCGGGUCAAGCUUUUGAAAAAUAUGUUGCGUUGGAGGAAGUAUACAGGAGAACGAUUUGGCGUUGGCAUGCUCAUGAGCAGACUUGUUGAAAGAUGUGUGUCUGGUGUCGCAGAGAGCGGAUGGGAGGUCGGUGGCGAAGAUGUUGCCAAAACCGUCGUGUCUCUGUUGCCCGGCGAGCUGGUACCACCCCAAUUGAAACAAAGGUUGACAUCUCGAUAG